CAACACUUGUGUCUGCUUUAUCUUGCUUUUGAUUUGUUUACAUUGGUGAUGAGGACAAAUAUCCAUCUGAAAAUACUUUGCAAAUCAUGCUGGUUGUCUGAGAGGAAAACAAAGCUUGAGACCCAAAAUGAAGGCAGAGAUCGAGGCUCCUUCAAAACCCAGAAUACUUUCCCAGAUUUUGUUGCUUAUUUGUGUCGGUUCCUUUGAUUCAGGUGGCGUGCUGGCCGUGAACAUGACGAUCUCCAACACUCUCAUUAGAGGUUCAGUGGGCGGGGAAGCCCUGCUGUCAGUCCGCUACACCAGUUUCAGCCUCGACCUGCCGGUCAUUAAGUGGCAGCUCAGGAGGGAAAAGUCUGUCACUGUUGUCCAGUCCAUUGGAACCGACAUCAUUGGGACCCUGAGGCCUGAGUAUCGGGACCGCAUCCUGGUGUUUGAGAAUGGGACGCUGCUUCUCCAUAACCUGAGACUCUCUGAUGAUGGGACUUAUGAUGUGGAGAUCUCCAUCACUGAUGACACCUUUACCGGAGAGGCCAGCAUCACUCUCACAGUGGAUGAGUCUAUAUCCAGGCCCUACAUCGACAUGGAGUCUUCAUCAGUACUAGAGCUCAGUCAAAACGUCAUCCUCAACUGUUCUCAUGACAAUGGAACCAGGACUACAUACAGGUGGUUCAAAGGGGGAAAACCAGUGACCAAUAUGACAAGGUUCGUGUUGUCACCUGACCAGAAGCUUUUGACCAUCACGCGGGUGGUAAUGGCAGACGACGACAUCUACGUCUGCACGGUGGAGAAUCCUGUAGGCAACGUGACCAGUCUGCCUCUGAGACUGACUGUCUACAGAAGAAGUUCCCUCUACAUCAUCCUUUCCACUGGAGGCAUCUUCCUUCUCAUCACCUUGGUAACAGUAUGUGCCUGCUGGACACCCUCCAAAAAGUCCAAACCUCCUGUUAGAAAGUCUCUCUCCAGAGUCUAUGACCGCUGUCAUCACUCACCUAUCAGUCACACAGAUGACCUGCUUCCAAAAACGCCUGAGCAUAAUGGAGUAAAUGCUGUAACUUCACUCUACAUUCUGCAGCAGAAGGAUCCCUCCCUGGAUGACUCCUCCAGCAACAGUGUGGAAUCUCCUCCUGAACUCGACAACCCGCCCUGUUACACCAGUUCCCCCAGCUUCAAUGGCUGCCUUGUCCAGUCUCCUAGAUCCCCUGCUCACUCCCCCUGCAGGUACACAUGAAACCUCACCAGAUUUAAGUCUCCACAUCGCUGCAAACAGGAAGUCCGGUCGUCAUAAUGCGUACCGUUCUGACCCUCGAUUGCAACUUUCAACAUAUCUGCCUGGUGUUGGGAAGUAUCUCAGACCGUUUUCCUGGGUCUUAUAAUUUUGCCUGUUGACGUUUUGUUGUUAAAGUAAUCUAAGACUCAAAUGAAAGGUGCUCUGAAGGUUAGUUGCAGAGCAUAAUAGAAAAAGAUGGCUGUGAAAAGUCAUACCGUUGUUGUUGCAACAUAAGUGUAUCCAGACAAAAUCUGAGAAACAGCACAGAGUCUGUUUGGAGCUGACUAGAGCUCAGAAAGAGAGUCAAACUGUUGACGUGUUGAAGGUACAGCGUGUAGAAAUGGGAAUAUUUGGUGGCCUUCAAGAUAUCAAAUACAUUUAUCAACACACAUUCUCUAUUGCACAACAACAACCACCAUUACUCUCUUGUCCGUCUUCUGCAUUUUCUUUCAGUGGCCAAACAUUAAAUGCAAAAAGGAGGAUUGGGUUUGUUGUGUAUAUAUGAUAUCAGUAUUAAGUCUAAAAUAUUUAGUGUUGUGAUGUUUUCUACUGUGUUGAAUGAAAUUCAAAACACACACUUUAAUAGUUUGUGAACAAACAGUUUGUAAAUAACUUUAUUUUACCUGGAGGAUUUAAAGGCCAUGUCGGGGAAGGAGCAAUUAUAUUUCAAUUUUGUACUACUGUAAUAAAAAGAAAACAUGACUC